AUGAUCCGAUUACUUGGGUUAUACCUGAUAUUAUUUAUAUCAAGCGUUUCGGCCGGUUUGGAGGAAUACGAUGAAGCAUUUAUUUUGAAAUUCAUUAAUCGAUCACAACAAUUGGAUCUGAGUCCAAAGUGCAAGCAAAGCCUCGCUUUGGUAUAUGAUUAUCUAAACGAUAUUGAAACUCUGACCGAUCAGAAGAUUUGCUACUUCGAGUCUUUCGCUACAGGACCCAAUCAUUUGUUUUUGUCCAGGGAUCAAGAUCGAUGGGUUUACAAAGGUUACGAAUGCCUCCUGUCCGCCGGAGAAACCGUUUACUCGAAAAGCGAACAUCCAAUGCAUUAUUGUUAUACACACGAUGACGAUCAUUACAAAAAAACUCCCGCAUAUUCAGUGUGCAUUCCGACGCCAUGUGCUGACGAAAACAAAAAGCUACUAAUUGAAUGGAGAAAAAUGACGCAUCCUGAAGUGAAAGAUGAGAUCACUUUUACCGCAUGCACACGGUCUCGACACGAAAAACAAUGGUUUGAACUACCCGUCCCAAUUGCCGAUUUUGGCUUCAACAUGUGUCUUGCCAUGAUCGUCGUCAUGGCCACUAUCUUCCAUAACAUGAGGGGAAAUGAUGUCAAGUCGUGGUCGGCAAAGUGUCUUCUUGCUUUCUCAGCAAAAACCAAUAUCAAGAAACUAAUUGAGUUGCCCAAAGAUCCGCAGAGUUGUAUCACAUGUCUUCUCGGCCUUCGAUUUGGUUCAAUGGUUUGGACUCUGAUCGGACAUUCGUUCAUUUUUGUGCAAGCUUAUAUGGAGAAUGUCGAAGAGUUCAAAGAGUCAAUGGUGAACAACUUCUUCAAUCAAUGGAUCACCAACUUCACCCUUUCUGUCGAUGUGUUUUUGACUCUUGGUGGAACUGUUUUAUCAUAUAGUUGGUUCCGAAAAUGGCUCAAAAAUACAACAGAAGAGCCGAGUUGGACCUCUUGGAGAGCAUGGCUCAAAUUUUAUCGUCAUCGUCUUGUUCGUCUUUAUCCAGCAUAUAUCUAUACGCUGACAGCUGUAACCCUUAGAAUUUCCAUCACUCAUUUCCACCCAAUGUGGCCACCAACUGAUCCAGCUGUCCAAUGUCCAAAAUAUUGGUGGCAGAAUAUUUUCUUUGUUAACAGUAUCCUUAACAACCAGUGUAUGCCUUGGACAUGGUAUAUUGGAACUGAGUUCAUUUACUUUUUAAUUUCGCCAAUUUUCCUACUUUUUCUUCGCAAGAGCCCGAAGCUCGGAUUUAUUUUGUGCGUCGUGACCAUUCUUGCAUCGGCUGGUUUCAAUAUCGAAUCAAUUAUUCGCAACAACUUCCCUCCUACGCAAUUUUUGUGGAAACAACCUGAAAUGUUCAAUCCAAACUUUAUCGAGCAUCAUCUUGAACUCUACAUUAAACCGCAAUACCGCAUUGGCCCAUAUAUUAUUGGUAUCCUUCUUGGUUAUCAACUUGCUAGAUAUCAAAGAAUUCCUGUCAAGACGCAACCAAGUUCGAAAUACAUUGUGACCCUUUGGAUCGCCACUUGCACUUUUAUUGGAUUUGGGCUUUAUGGAUUAUAUCCAGCUCUUCAAGGAUGGGACACGAUGGCGUGGAGAGUCUACCAUUUACUCUACGGAGCUUUCUAUAGGGAUAUUUUCUCUAUCGGAAUCGCUUUGUUGAUCUAUGCCUGCCAUACUGGAGUCGGUGGAAUUAUCAACGCCAUCCUUUCCGCAAACGUUUUGCUCCCAUUGGCCAACCUAAGCUAUUCGGUGAGUUCUGCCUACCUGUUCCACAUGAUUCCGGUUGUGCUAACAUACAUGUUGGUUCCAUUCCCAAUCUACUACUCGACUCAAAUCCCACUUUUCAUUCAUUGUUUCGUGCAGCUCAUCAUAACCUACUUUUUCGCGGUGAUUUGUAGUAUGGUUAGCGAAUUGCCAGCUCUUAAUCUCGAGCGGCUUUUCCUUUCGUCGCCACCAACCAAGACCACACUCAAACCGAUUCCGCCGGUUGACUCGGAACUCCAAUUGAAAUCUGCCGAAAAAUCCUAA